AUGGCAUUCUUAAACAAUGAAUUAGAUGAAAAGGUGUAUAUGGAACAACUUGAGGAGUUUUUCCUUCCUGGUCAAGAAAGGAAAUGUCUAUUACACCACCUCACCAGAAACAUAGAAAGGAACGUAAGCAAGGUAGAAAAUUACUUCCUGCAUUGGUUGUCUGAUUCUCCCCUGAAACUGAAAGUACUCACGAAAAAGAUGUUGGUAACAACGUCUCUCCAACCAAAUCUAAAACCCCCCUUUAAACCCUUGACUUCAUUCCCUUCACAAAAUUCAACCUUUUUCCUUCUUAAACCUCUUACUGUUUCUGCCAAAACCUCAAAUUUUGCUAAACCAAUGAUCUCUCUACAAGUCAAAGCUAAAGCUCAGGUGCUCUCAGAUGAACUGCCUCUGGAUGAUUCCCCCUCUGAAUCUUCUUCUGAUAAAGAGAAGCUUGGAGUGGUGGUGAAGCCAUUGGAAAAGCCAAGGGUAGUGUUGAAGUUUAUAUGGAUGGAAAAAGACAUAGGGAUAGCACUUGACCAAGUGAUACCAGGGCAUGGUACAAUCCCUUUGAGUCCAUACUAUUUUUGGCCCAGGAAAGAUGCUUGGGAAGAGCUCAAGGUUUUGCUUGAAAACAAGCCCUGGAUAUCUCACAUGCAAAGGAUUCACCUUCUCAAUCAUGCUACUGAUAUUAUCAAUUUGUGGCAGACAAGUAGUGGUAAUUUGUCCUAGCUUUUCAAUAGACAAAGUUUUGUUUCAAGCUUUUACAUUUUUAAAGUUCUUAACAUUAGGUGUAAUCCAUGUUUCUUAAAUUGAGCUGGCAGAAAUAUGGAUGAUGUGAACUGAAUGUUUUUGUGAUAGCUUUUUAAUGUGAAUUAGUGCUUGAUUAAA